GCUGCGAUGGCGUUUUGUAAUGAGAGCCUGCUGGAGGGCUGUGACUUCAUGGAGCCAGACAAUGUGGCGGAGAGUCUCCCAUCAGGAGCUCCUGUCAUGUCAGUCACUCUGCGUGUGACUCUGGCAGCUAUAAUGAUCUUCAUGAUUACUAUUGGUUUCCUUGGCAACGCAAUCGUAUGCCUGAUUGUUUACCAGAAACCUGCCAUGCGUUCUGCCAUCAACCUCCUUCUCGCCACGUUGGCCUUUUCAGACAUCAUGCUCUCCCUGCUCUGCAUGCCAUUUACGGCUGUCACUGUGGCGACUGCUGACUGGCGCUUCGGAAGUGGAUUCUGCCGUGCGUCCAUCAUGCUGUAUUGGCUGUUUGUGCUGGAGGGUGUGUCCAUCCUGCUCAUAAUCAGCGUGGACCGGUUCCUCAUCAUCGUGCAGCGGCAGGACAAGCUGACCCCUCACAGGGCCAAACUGCUGAUUGCAGCUUCAUGGGUGCUGAGUCUGUGUGUGUCCCUGCCCUCUGUAGUCGGCUGGCGGGCGGGUGCAGCCGGUAUUGGGGGUGCCUGGGCGCCACAGUGUGUGCUGGGAUACAGUGAAUCUCUGGCAGAUCGUGGCUACACGGUGCUGCUGGCAGUGGCAGUGUUCUUCGUACCAUUUGGUGUCAUGCUCUACUCCUACUUGUGUAUACUCAACACGGUGCGCCGCAACGCCCUGCGCAUCCACAACCACACCAGUGAGCAUUCCUGCCUGCCGGCCCUCAACCAAGUCAGUAAACUGGGCCUCACCGGGCUGCAGCGGCCCCCUCAGGUCAAUGUGGACAUGAGCUUCAAGACGCGAGCCUUCACUACCAUCCUCAUCCUCUUUAUCGGCUUCUCAGUGUGCUGGUUGCCUCACACGGUUGUCAGCCUGCUGGCCGUGUUCAGCCGGCAGUUCUACUACAGCCCGGCUUUCUACCCGGUCAGCGUGGGCGCUCUGUGGCUCAGCUACCUGAAGACUGUCUUCAACCCUGUUAUCUACUGCUGGAGGAUCAGGAAGUUUAGGGAGGCCUGCCAGGAGUUCAUACCCAAGAGCUGCAGAUUGUGUCCCAGGGUGCCGGGCAGGAGCCGCAGGAGGGUGAGACCCAGCAACAUCUACGUGUGCAGCGAGACCCAGUCAGCUGUGUGAGGAGGGGAACCCAAAGCUGGGAAAUCUGGUAGAUGCAUAAACCAGCAGCCCAAUAUCAACUGUUUUUUUUACCCUUAUUUUCUCAAAAAAGCAAUCAGACGGUUAACUGUGACUACCUACUGAUAUUCACCUGGAAAAAAAGCAUAUAAUAUGUAGUCCUCAAGUGUAAAGGGAUCAUCUUUGCCAUUAUGUAGACAGUAGUAAUAGUCAAUGGCUUGAUGGGCUUAGUAGCCUGUCAAAGUUACUGCCAUUUAAAUAUUUUGCAUCAGUCACUGUCAGUUUGUUUCUCUGUUUUAUCACUUGUCCCUAAUCUGUUCCCUGAAUGUUCUUCUGCUUAUUCAUAUUCUAGACACAGAUUUUCAAUCUCUCAUCCUAUAAUUUGCAUCUCUGGGAAGUAAGUGGUGUUGUGCAGUCAAUGACCAAAGAUGAUUCUCUCCCUCUGUUUUCCAGGCACAAGUAACUUGUCAUUUGCCUAAUUAAUUCCACAAAAUUCUUGUAAGAGAG